AAACUGCACCUUCACUCCUGAGCCUGUCUUCUUGAGAGCCUGUUUAGAUGGCGCUGCAAGUCUGUAGUAGAUGCCGGAAACGAAAAAUAAAAUGCGAUCUCCAGCUGCCGACAUGUAAGAACUGCCGAAUUGCAGACGUGGAGUGUCUCUUCUGGGACGAUUCUCUUGGGCGCGAGAUUUCCUGUAGCUACCUCCAUUCGCUCCAACAAAAGGUGGCCAGUCUGCAGCUUGAAAUCAAGGAUGCUACAACAUCUACAGCAUCCACAGGGAAUCAUGUACCGCCAACCCACGAUCUACAUGAAGUUGCGCCCCCGGAAGUAGUUCUUCAACAACAAGGCCACUAUUUGAAUAUUUAUGAUGACCACCUACCUACAUCACGAACCGUUUUCUUAGGCCCGGCCACCUCAGCGAGACUAUUAGAGCGCGUUUUGAAAAGCAUGGUCAAAUGGCAUGCGGAAAAUGGCAUGCAAAUUUCAAAGCGGCUCGUUCCAGACGACGGACCUGCUCAAGCGACGGGGCCACAGAAUUUCACAUCCUCGGGACCAUCAUUUCCCAUUAAUAACGCCCUGAAUGAGCAGCGAAAGCUAGAGCCUCAUUCGAUAAUGCCGCCCUCUACUCAACGAUCCAUAAUUGAACACUACCUGGCAAUCGUAAGCCCGGAGUACCCUCUUCUGCCGCUAGACCAGGAAUCCACAUUACUAUCUCAUGAAAACCCCCUUAAAUGGAGCAGCACAAACGGUGAAGAAGCCAAUGCACUUGCGUUGACUAUAGUCUUUGCCGUGUCAACCGCGCUGGUUAGCCGCGACAUUGACCCUAACUUAACUAGCAUAUCGACCCGCUGCAGACAGGAUGUGUAUAAAAUCCAUCAAGAAUAUAAACACUUGUCAUCUGAUGACCCGAUUAAGACGGAGAGAUGGGUUUGCGUAGCUUUAUGCGCUUCCGCACUCUGUGAGUUGAUCUAUCCUCUUUCAGGCGAUGCAUGGGAGCUUCUGGGAAGAGCAACGUCGACCUUGCAGCGUCUCCGUGAAGGCUAUCAGCUCAAGAGCAUGGAGUUGGAUGAGCCAUUUAUUCGAUUGGAGCGGUCUCUUCUUAAAUUAGAGAGCUCCAUUGCAUUGCAUCUUGAUCGCCCGUCGUAUUUGAACGACAUGCGACUGCAAGAAGUAUGCGGAGACUCUUCCUCGUCUGACAUAUUACAUGAUGAGUUGCAAACCUUGCGAAUUCUUCGAACCAUUCAUCGAGAAUUACAGUUAUCUCCCGCCCAACCUGCGAGUUAUUUCGAAAACAUGAUCCCUCUUCCUAUGCAAGUACAUUCCAUAGAGUCUGACAUUUCCAUCCAUUCAGCAAGACUGUACAUUUCCCUACACCCUCUUUUCACAUCAUCUGGUAUCUAUUUGACCUCCACGCCAUCGCAACUCUUCCAGAUUAUAGCCUACUCGGCAUCUACCAUGAUCGACCACUUCACGCGACUUAAUGCUGAACACAGAAUAAUCAGUGUAUAUUUGGCAGCUGAGAGUAUUCUUGAAGCUGGAAUAGUUUGGUCAGUUUAUUUGAUGAGUCAACAUCUAUCGCCAUCUGCGGGAAUAUUCCACAGAGAUAGCAUCAACAUGAGUGCUCGCACUGCCAUGGGCCCUGUUUUGAAGGUCUCGAGUUUGUUGGCGUCUUUUUCUGUGCGCUGGCCGCCGGUAUCUGCUUAUGCAGAGGCGUGGGAGACUUUGGUGGAUAUGCUUUGGAUAAUGAUCUGAAUUAUCUCAAAAUAUGUGUCGUUGUAUUAAGCCUGAUAUUUUUUUUUUAGCAGGGGGCAUAAUAAAUGAUAUAAAAUGAUGUUUAGUGACAUCCAGAGUUACGUUAAAAUUGAGUGUCAUUCUCAUUUCUUUCAUCUUACGUUUAUAGCGUGAAGAAUAUCGGAAUAUGGUUGAUGCUUGGUCUUAUCAUGUGGAAGAGCAUAUCUAGUAUAAUAAUGGC